AUGCGUUCCGCACUCUUCCUGUCCGCCAUCGCGCCCGCAGCUCUGGUGGCUGCCACCGCCGAAGCUCCACCCGCAGCACCUCAGAUCUACAACCUCGACUAUGCAGGCAACGGCUGCUCAGCACCGGGCUCGGUCAAGUCGACAUCGACGACGCUAGGCGACUCUGCGUCCUUCACCUUCAGCAGCCUCAAGGGCGACGACACCAGCAACUGCGGCAUCCACCUGCAGGCCAAGGGCGCGAGCGAGGGAUGGCAGGUCGCCAUCAAGGAGAUCGAGUAUAAGGGUACCCUGAGCCUGAAGCCCGGCAGCUCCCUGGAUACCUAUUCGCAAGUCUUCUGGAGCGACAACGCGGCCAAGACGACGACUCUCUCCGACAACAUCGUCUGCACCGACGUGGACUUCAAGGACUCGUUUACGCUCCGGCAAAAGACCAGCACGCUCAACUGGUCAAAGUGCACAGGCGCGGACGGAAACCCGGGAAUCCUCAACGUCAACUUCCGACCCGUGGUGCAGGGCAAGGCGGGAAGCUAUGAUGUCAAGAGCGCGACAUGGCAGCUUGUGUGGAGGAAGUGCUAG